AUGUCAGGCAAUAUGGAAGUGGUGGACAUCCUGGUUGUGGCUGGUUACUUCAUUAUCGUACUGGCGAUUGGCUUCUUGGCCAUGCGCAAGCCCAGUAGGAACACGUUAAAAGGUUACUUCCUGGCAGGCCGCUCCAUGAACUGGGCAGCCGUCGGGGCCUCUCUAUUUGUCAGCAAUAUCGGGAGUGAACAUUUCAUUGGACUCGCCGGAUCAGGCGCUGCAAGUGGUCUCGGCGUGGCUGCGUGGGAAUUAAACGCUCUGUUGCUGCUCCAGUUGUCAGGCUGGAUCUUCGCACCCGUCUAUAUCUACUCAGGGGUCUUUACCAUGCCGGAAUACCUGUCGAAGCGCUUCGGUGGAAAGAGACUGAAAGUGUAUUUUGCUGUGUUAUCGCUCAUACUUUACCCCCUUACAAAGAUAUCUGUGGACCUCUAUGCUGGAGCCUUGUUCAUCAGGGAGUCUUUGGGAUGGAACCUGUAUUUGUCAAUCAUUCUGCUCAUCGCCUUGACGGCUUUGCUGACUAUCACCGGAGGACUUGUCGCGGUCAUCUACACAGACGUGCUUCAAGCUGCCCUCAUGGUCAUUGGCGCUGUCUGCCUCAUGUGCAUCAGCAUUUACAAAGUGGGAGGAAUUGGAGGAAUGAUGACCAAGUAUAUGCAGGCUGCCCCGAACAUCACUGCCAUCUUGUUGUCUUCUCCCAACCUUACAUACUCUGAAUCCUGCCACCACUACUUCAACCCAGAGCCAGAUGCUCUAAAGAUCCUUCGAGGACCCAAGGAUGCACAUCUACCAUGGCCUGGGUUCCUUCUGGGCCAGACUCCUGCUUCCAUAUGGUACUGGUGCACAGAUCAAGUGGUCAUGCAGCGGAUUCUUGCAGCAAAGAACAUAGCCCAUGCCAAAGGCUCAACCGUAAUGGCUGGCUUCCUGAAAAUCCUGCCCAUGUUUGUCAUUGUCAUACCAGGGAUGAUCUCCAGAAUCUACUUUACCGAUGAAUUGGUGUGCAUCAGCCCGGAGCAUUGCAUGGAAGUGUGCGGCUCCACAUCUGGCUGUACCAACGUGGCCUAUCCGCGGCUCGUCAUGGCCAUGAUGCCCGCCGGUCUUCGCGGCCUGAUGAUGGCCGUCAUGAUUGCAGCGCUCAUGAGUGAUUUGGAUUCCAUUUUCAACUCAGCAAGCACCAUCUUCACUUUGGAUAUUUACAAGAUGCUGCGGGAGAGUGCAUCUUCCAGGGAACUGGUGAUUGUUGGCAGACUGUUCGUAGUCUUUAUGGUGAUCGUGAGCAUUGGCUGGGUGCCCGUCAUUAUCGAGAUGCAGGGAGGCCAGAUGUUCUACUAUACCCAGGAAAUAGCAAACUACUUGACUCCUCCCAUUGCAGCCGUCUUCUUACUUGGGGUCUUAUGGCACCGCUGUAAUGAAAAGGGUGCUUUUUGGGGUGGGGUGGUUGGCUUUGUCCUUGGAGUGCUACGUCUGGCGUUGGCGUAUGUAUAUAGAGAGCCUCACUGCAGCAAACCAGAUGAGAGACCAGCAUUCAUCAAGGAUGUCCAUUUCAUGUAUGUGGCAGCCAUCCUGUUUUGGACAACUGCUCUGGUGACUGCGGUUGUAAGUUUCUGCACGCCCUCACCCAGAACAGACCAAAUUCGAACCACAACCUGGUGGGGCUUAAACCAGAGAAAGCUCGACCAGAAAGGAAAACCUGGAGAAGAAAUUAAUUUGAAGAAGGUUAAUGGAGAUGAAGAAGGUCCUCUGGUCCAAAAUGGUGGCCUGGUCAUAAUUCCUGAUCCUAAAAUGCGGGAAAAGGCAGAUUGCGAGUGGCAAGAGGAGGGCGGCUCUCGAGAAGCAGCAGGCAAGUGUAGCAACAAGCUUUUUCUAUGGUUCCUGGGAUUUCAGGAACCACCACCCAAAGUUCAGGCCAUGACGGCGCAAGAUCAUGAAAAGCUGGUGAAUGAGCUUCUAAAUGAAUCUCCUAAAACUAAAAUAAUCCUCAACGUGGGGAUGAUUACAAUUUGCUGCAUAGGGAUCUUCCUUUUGAUCUUUUUCUCCGUAUAGGUAAAUUUAGCAAUGCUCAAAUUCAGUCUCUUUUUAAUGAAUCUUGAUUACUUUUAGAACAAUCAAGUGGAUCUUAAUCUUGUGGAUUCAAAAUAACACCUGCUACCUCUUUUGAACCUAUAGAGACUUUUUAUAAAGCCUAAAGUUAAGAUAUGCAGGAAUUGUAAU